UCAAAGCAACAACUGAUGUAUUUAAAAGCUCUAAUCGUAAUUUCCAGUUAGAAAUAAACAACAAAUCUUCGCUUCGGGGAUGAAAGAGUUACAUUUUGUUACCCUGCAAGCCAGCUGACUGACCACGUGACUUCACGGAAGUGAGAGAUGCGACAACAUGAGCGGCCGUCUGCUGCAAAGAUGAUGCGCACUUUUGCCUUGUUUUUCGUCUUGGGUUGCGUGAGCAAAGUGUCGUGUGUUCAGGAAACAUGCGGGGCUCAGUCGGAACCCGCAGCCUCGCAGGGAGAAGCAGGCUGCGGCUGUGAGAACCUGAGGAGAGCCGCUGGUCUGGAGCCUGAGGAGGACAGGACAGCUUCUGCAGAGCCAGCUGACAAAUACUCGAGAGGCGCCAAUGAGAAGCCGCCUGGGCCUCGGGGGGGUGAGAAGGAAGUGCCAAGUCAGAUGGUGCUGAUUUCUGGAGGAGAGUUCCUGAUGGGAACAGAUGACCCAGGCAUCCCUGCAGAUGGCGAGGGCCCUCAGAGGCUGGUACAUGUUGACUCCUUCUACAUGGACAUCCAGGAAGUCACUAACCAGCAGUUCCAGAGCUUCGUAAACGCCACGGGAUAUAUCACUGAGGCAGAGAAAUUUGGAGACUCAUUUGUAUUCGAGGGACUUUUGAGUGAGAGUGUCAAAAACCAAAUUACCCAAGCUGUUGCCGCUGCCCCCUGGUGGCUCCCAGUUAAAGGGGCCAACUGGAGGCAUCCUGAUGGUCCUGACUCCAACAUCAUGGACAGGCUGGACCAUCCUGUUCUUCAUGUGUCCUGGGCGGAUGCUGUCGCCUUCUGUUCCUGGUACCACAAGAGACUUCCUACAGAGGCAGAAUGGGAGUACGCCUGCAGGGGCGGUCUUAAAAACAGGCUUUACCCCUGGGGUAACAAGUUGAACCCGAAAGGACAACACUACGCCAACCUCUGGCAGGGGGAUUUCCCCAACCAUAACUCUGCAGAGGAUGGAUACAUCAAAACAUCACCGGUUGGAUCCUUUCCUCCCAAUGCGUUUGGUCUGUAUGACAUGGUGGGGAAUGCGUGGGAAUGGACCUCAGACUGGUGGACUGUGCAUCACACCACAGAAAAGCAACAGAAUCCAACAGGCCCUCCAUCAGGCACAGACAAGGUGAAGAAAGGAGGGUCAUACAUGUGCCACAAGUCUUACUGCUACCGAUACAGAUGCGCAGCCCGAAGCCAGAACACUCCAGACAGCUCAUCCUCUAAUCUUGGUUUUCGCUGUGUCUCGCAAGAGCAACGAUGACCUGACCUGCUUAUCUUAAGCACAGGGUCAAGUCCUACAGCUGCUCUUAAACCCCCGGCGUUGGAUGUAGAGUAAACCAAUGAGUGGAAAUUGAUGGAGGCUUUAUGAUGUGUCAUCUCAUUAACGUGCAUCUGAAGACGGGGUUAAAACAAGACACACGGUCUUGAACAGUUUGGAGCUGAGAAUGUCUUACCUUCCAGCAGAAUUCUUCAGAAAUGUGACAUUUUACAACUUGUUUUUUCAGAUUUGUAUUGAUAAGAAAUGAAGAGACUGUUGCUGAGAGCGCUGAAUAACUGAAGAUAUUGUUUCUGCUUGCCCUUUACUGGCAAAGAUCAGUGUCAUCUUGUAAGAAAAGACUUUGUAGGUUGUCAUUAUCUGAAAUGCAGACAGAAAGUCUGUGUGAACUU